UUGGCACCCGAUCAUCUACGCGGAACAAAAUAGCUUCGACUUGGUACCACUCUCUGCACCUACCACCGCCGGUCGCAUUCACUCCUUCGCGCCAAUUGUGUUGCUCGCCAGAAGCUGGUGAACCGGGUCACGUCAUACACAGUUGCGCCGCCAUGGCCGAGACCACCACCCCCUCGGCGCCCUCCCGCGCUGUGUCGCGCCCAGUCAGUGAGGCGCUUCUGAACGAAAAGUGGGAUCGCUGCCUCUCCAACCUGAUUAUCAAGUCCUCCCUCGGCCUCGGAUUCGGUGUCGUCUUCUCCGUUCUACUGUUCAAGAGGAGGGCGUGGCCAGCCUUUGUGGGCGUCGGGUUUGGCGCAGGGCGUGCGUACGAGGAGUGCAACUACAGCCUGAAGCAGGCGGCGCGGGAUAUCAAGAGGCAGGCCUAAGCUUGAUCGAGUGGGGCGAAGGAGAACCUUGACAAGGUGACGGUCGAAGAAAAGACACAAGUGAACAAACUUCCGUCCGCUGAUAAGGGCAGAAGGAGAGGGAGAGUGCGAGGCGGGGGGCAAGCAGUUGGCUGUACAAACUCUGUUUCACGAAUCGACUUAGAGGCAUAAAAA